AUGGAGUUUGAGCUGACGCAGACGCAGAAGCUGCUGGUGGAGCUGCGUGAGCGGUACCAGGAACAAGCCCAGGAGGAGCAGCAGGAGGAGGCCAGGGACCGGGAGAAGAACGAGCAAGAGCUGAAGAAAUAUGACAUUACACUGGAGAAACUGGAAACAGAGCUGUCCGACAUGAACGUGAAGCAUGCGGACAUUAUGGACGAGCUGCAGCGGCAAAUAUUGUGGUGUAAAGAUCAACUGGUCCAAAAGCAGACGACGCAUGAAGCCGAGAUGAAGCUGGAGGUCGAGGAUCCAGAGAUAGAAGUCCGCGCCCUGAAGCAGACAGAGCUGGACACAGAGCACUAUUUCAGGAAGGCCUUCUGUUCCUCCAUGAAGAAUCUCAGAGAAAACCAUCAGACGUGGAGAGACAGACUGCUCGCCGUCAAGGGUCUUUUCCCGAGAGUGAAAAGUCUGAAGGAAGAGAGGAUUCAACAACUGCUCCUGGUGCAGCAGAGACUGAUGCAGACGAACCAGGACCUGAUCCAGGCCCAGGCUGAGACCGACCUCUACAGAAGGAAAAAUAAAUUGCUGUCGAAAAUGCAGAGGAAUCUACAAAAAGAGGUCCAUAAUCUGACUGCUCCUGUUAAACUGGACUCAUGCAGCAUAAAGAGUCCCAAAAUGGUCGACACGGACGGUCCAAAGACACGUCUGGAGGCCGAGCGCAGCAGGAGCACUGAGCUGACCAUGCUCCUGAAGGAGGCUCACAUCAUCUUUGACUACAUCAUCCAGGAACCAAAGAUUGACGUCCAGAAACUGCGACGACUGCAAUCCAUUUUGGAAAGCGUCUUUCCUCACUAA